GUAACCGAAGAUACAGUUGACGGAGGUUUAUUAUUUGUUACGUUUGAAACUGAUUUGAGUAUUCCUCUCCGCUUUGGGGUUGUUUCCGAAAUUCCUAGUUGUCGUACUCGUAUUGGAGUACUAUAA